AUGGUGACCGACGCAAAUAGGUUGCCGCCGCCGGAGGAAGAAAUUACGAACACGGCGACAGCAGUGGAAGAGCUAUUGAAAUAUCGAUUUAAGAAUGCGAAGCUUCUAGAAGAAGCUCUUACUCACUCUUCCUGUCCUAAUUUAAUUACUAAUUACCAGCGGCUAGCAUUCGUCGGCGACGCCGUUCUUGGCUUAGCUAUUUCCAGUUAUUUCUUCAAGACUUACCCUGAUGUUGACUGUGGUAAGCUUACUGACCUUCGUUCUGCCAAUGUAAGUACGGAAAAGCUUGCUAGAGUUGCCGUCCGGCACGGCCUCUACAAGUACCUCCGCCGCGAUUCGGCAAUCCUCGAUGAAAAGGUGAAGGAAUUUGUGAUAACAGUGCAACAGGAGGAGGAGAUGGAGUUCUAUGGAGGAAUGAUAAAAGCACCAAAGGUUCUUGCAGACAUUGUGGAGUCGGUAAUGGGGGCUGUAUAUUUGGAUUGUGGCUUUGAUGUGAAUGCUGUUUUGCAAAAAGGAUGGAAAACAAGUUGAUGUAGAACAUCGGAAAGAGGGAGAUAAAAACAUAGCUAGCAUCUAUCUUGAUGGACAAUUUAUUGCAUCAGCUUCGUCUGAGCACAAAGAAAAUGCAAAGCUUCAAGUGGCAAAAGCUGCUCUAAAAGAGUUGUUCUAUAACCCUUGUGAUAAGAUGGAUGUUGAAUUUGUUCCAUUCCAGAGAAAAAAGAG